AACAACUUGAACACAUAGAGAUGCCUUUUUUCGGUAGUAAAUCCAGUAAAAAGCAAAAAGAUCUCUCAAAGAUCUCUAGUAAAUAUGACGUAAAAGACCAGGUUUUGGGAACAGGGGCAUUCUCAGAAGUAUGUUUAGCUGUGCAGAAGGAAACUGGUAAAAAGUUUGCAGUAAAAUGCAUCGAUAAGAAGUCGUUGAAGGGGAAGGAGGACAGUUUAGAGAAUGAAAUCUCGGUCCUUAGAAAGGCAGAUCACCCAAACAUCGUUAAGAUGAUUGAGAUGUUUGAGGAUAAAAACUACCUAUACCUUGUCAUGGAUCUGGUUACUGGCGGAGAGUUGUUCGAUAGGAUCGUUGAACGAGGAAGUUACUCUGAAAAAGAUGCAAGUGAAUGUGUGAAACAAAUCCUGAUCGCCGUCCAUUACCUACACGAAUUGGGCAUUGUUCACAGGGAUCUCAAACCCGAGAAUCUCCUAUAUCAAGAUUACUUAGAUGAAAAUGAAACAGAGCAGUCGCGGUUGAUGAUCAGUGAUUUCGGUUUGAGUAAAAUGGAAGGUACGGAAGCUAUGGCAACUGCCUGUGGUACACCCGGUUAUGUAGCACCGGAGGUGUUAAUGGGUAAGCAUUAUGGUAAAGAGGUCGACUGCUGGUCAAUCGGAGUCAUCGCCUAUAUUUUACUGUGCGGAUAUCCUCCGUUUUAUGAUGAAAACGAUGCGACACUCUUUGCUCAGAUUAUGAGGGGAGAAUAUGAGUUCGACAGUCCAUAUUGGGACGAAAUAUCUGAGAGUGCUAAGGAGUUCGUCAGAUUUUUUAUGACUGUUGAUCCAACAAAGCGAUACAGCUGCGCUGAUGGACUUAAACAUGAAUGGAUUGCCGGAACGGACCAGAGUGAUGUGAAUAUCCAUGGCACUGUCAGUGAGAUGAUGAAGAAGACACUACUCAAAGCAAAGUGGAAGAACGCUAUUACUGCCACCACCGCGGUAAAUCGAAUGAAAAACAUGGGACUGAUCCACAAAUCGAUCGCAUCAGAAGACUCCACCGGCAGUCCCGGAAGUGCCUAGAAACUUCCCGAACUUUGGAAGAAAAAGAUGAGAGAUUAUGCACCAAGAUACCUAAUAUUUUGAGUUUGUUACUUAUAGCGUCCCGUUUCGAGGAAGCUAUGUUGGAGAGAUCCUAUUAUUCUGAUUCGGAGUUUGUCAUUAUCAUCAAACACAUUCCAUACCUGGAGAUACCUGAAAUUUGGCUGUUUUGAGCUUUGCAGUUAUUUCUGAGAGAGAUUUAUUAAGUUGCCAUAAUAUUGUGGUGGCGAUUUACAGUUUAAUUUGCUUGACUUUGUUUGAUUUAGAUUAUAUCACACUGUUUUUGGUUUGUAUCCUUAAAUACCUCUUUUUGAUCCUUAGGUCAUGUGCUGAAAUUAUUUUGGGAAAUUUACGUACUAAUGUGUAUUUAGCUAAUAUAAUAAAUCGGACAAAAGAUGUACAAAGUUAUAUUUAACGUUAUAGAAAGUUUAGUUAUAUUGAAAAUAAAGGCUAUGGAUAUGAUAUUGAUAUGCUACAGUUAUAAUCAUUAUGUAAAAUAGUAUGGCAUGCUUUUUUUCUUUUUGGGACUCUCUGGUUAAUACCAACGUUAGGUUGUUAUUAUUAAUACUGUUUACUUAAACUCAAAGUCAUAUUAGUUGGCAUAAUCAUCUCAUUACCUAAUCACUGCAUGAUCUUACCGUGCUCAAACCGAAUUUAUAGACUAGAACCCCAAAUCUAAGCCUCUUGUUAAUAGCAGUUGGAUAUUCAUGAGUAAUUAGUAAAAGGAACAUCCCCCCUUUAUAUAUAUUUCAAAAUCAUGUUUCACGGGCUUUAUUUCCAAGCUUCUCAGACCUAGUCACCUGUGCCUCUUAACUGCUCUACCGGUACCAAAACUGUUUGCAGUCCCAUUAGCACACAUGUUGGUAUGUGGUAACUUAAGCAAGUGCUUAUCUUCUGGUUAAGUACCGUUUUAAGAUUAUCACCUCGGUAGGCAGAUAAGUUUUGCAGAACUUUCAUCAAGUUCUAAACCAGCUAAACAUGUAAAAAUACCCAUGGUUAGAAUUCUUUAAAGUGAGUAAAUAGUAAGAAAAUAGACGUUGUUCAAUAUCAACAUCAAGUUUACACAGCCUGUUUCACCAAUUGAAUUUGUAAAGACAUAGGCAGAUUUUGUUUUAUCAUAAAUUUCAAA